GGGAAACAGCCGGAGGGGGCGGGGCCAGCAGUCAGUGGAGGCAGCAAGACCUGGAGCUGUGGUAAUAAAGGGGUUUUAAUAGAGGGAUAUUCCUGGUGGGUGAUGGAGGGGUAUUAAUAGAGGGAUAUUCCUGGUGGGUGAUGGAGGGGUAUUAAUAGAGGGAUAUUCCUGGUGGGUGAUGGAGGGGUAUUAAUAGAGGGAUAUUCCUGGUGGGUGAUGGAGGGUAUUAAUAGAGGGAUAUUCCUGGUGGGUGAUGGAGGGGUUUUAAUAGAGGGAUAUUCCUGGUGGGUGAUGGAGGGGUAUUAAUAGAGGGAUAUUCCUGGUGGGUGAUGGAGGGGGUAUUAAUAGAGGGAUAUUCCUGGUGGGUGAUGGAGGAUAUUAAUAGAGGGAUAUUCCUGGUGGGUGAUGGAGGGGUAUUAAUAGAGGGAUAUUCCUGGUGGGUGAUGGAGGGGGUAUUAAAAGGGAUAUCCUGGUGGGAGAUGGAGGGGUAUUAAUAGAGGGAUAUUCCUGGUGGAUGAUGGAGUGGGUUUUAAUAGAGGGAUAUUCCUGGUGGGUGAUGGAGGGGGUAUUAAUAGAGGGAUAUUCCUGGUGGGUGAUGGAGGGGGUUUUAAUAGAGGGAUAUUCCUGGUGGGUGAUGGAGGGGGUAUUAAUAGAGGGAUAUUCCUGGUGGGUGAUGGAGGGGGUUUUAAAGAGGGAUAUUGCUGGGGGGGGUGGAGGGGUAUUAAUAGAGGGAUAUUCCUGGUGGGUGAUGGAGGGUAUUAAUAGAGGGAUAUUCCUGGUGGGUGAUGGAGAGGGUAUUAAUAGAGGGAUAUUCCUGGUGGGUGAUGGAGGGGUAUUAAUAGAGGGAUAUUCCUGGUGGGUGAUGGAGUUAUGGUUAAAGAACAACAACACGUUUCAUUGAAUAUAUUUUUUUUAAUUCUCUACUUUAGCAGUGUAUGGAUUUAUGGUAUUUGAUAGAGGGUAUGUGUCAGAAGAUCAUGGGGCCUAGUUACCUUGAUUUAAAAUGCACAAUAUGAAUUUAUAUUCAGUUGGAAUUAAAGAUGGUGAGCAAUACAAAAAAGGGGCAGUAAACUCAGUUAAGCAGGGCUUGACAAAUUUGUUUGGAAUCUAGGUGCCAGCUAAACAAGUUAGGAGCCAGUCAUUUUCAACGAGAAAAUGCAAUUCUCAAAGGGACACUAUAGUCACCAGAACCACUUCAGCUUGAUGUAGUUGUUCUGGUGUCUAUAUCCUGUCCCUGUGGGCAUUUUAGUGUAAACACUGCCUUUUCUGCGAAAAGGCAGAAUUUACAAUGCUGCUUCAGUAUCUCCAAUCUCUGCAUGGAGGUGCUGAAUGUUCCUUGUAGAGAUUCAUUAAUUUAAUGCAUCUCUAUGAGGAGAUGCGGAUUGGUACAUUUGCUGCGCAUGCACAAAAUCCUCCCAAUACUUUCCUAAGGGAAAGCAUUGGCUUAGCUGAGAUCAUAAAGAUUGAUCAUCUCAGCCAUGGGGGAAACUGACACGGCGUGAGAAAAUGGGGGGGGGAAGGAGAGUAAAAACGAUCGGAGGGGGCAGGUACAAAAUUACACACACACUGACAGGCUCACAUACACACUCACGCUGACAACAGGCUUGCACGCACAAACUCUUGACAGACACACACACUCUUAACAGACUCGCUCACACACACACAAUUUCUUGACAGCUCACACACACACUCUUAUGCUGACAACAGGCUUGCACGCACACACUCUGACAGACUUACACACACACACAUAUAGGCGUUCACACACUUGCACACACUCUGACAGGCUCGCACACACUGAUAGGCUUGCACGCACGCACACACAUACAUACAGACACUCUGACAGGCUCCCACACACACAGACACACUGACAGGUUCUCACACACACACACACUGACAGGUUCUCACACACACACACACUCACAGAGUUCUCACACACACACACUGACAUUUUCACACACACACACACACAUUCAUACACACUCUGACAGACUUGCGCACACACACAUGUAGGUGUACACACACUGGCAGGCUCUUUCUCACACACACACACACACACACACACACACACACACACACACACACUGACAGGUUCUCUCUCUCUCUCACACACACACACACACUGACAGGUUCUCUUUCACACACACACUCUCACACACAUACACACACUGACAGGUUCUCACACACACACACAUUUUUGAUUUCAUUGAAACCCACUCAGACUCCCUACCUUUGGGAGAGCUGAGAGGGUCUUUCCUAGGGUCCAGUGGGGCUGCACUCUACUUGUGUUCGAGGGAGCAGUACUCUGCCUGUAGCUCCUCUCUGCUCCCUCGCGCUGUGUAAUGAUGCUGGGGCCGGAGAGAUGUCAUAUUCCAGCUCCCGACAUCAUUAGACAGCGCCAGGGAGCAGAGAGGAGCUACAGGCAGAGUACUGCUCCCUUGCGCGCCGCCCACAUUGCUACCGCGGGUGGCCACCUCCUCCAUGCUCCAUAAUUGAAGGUUUUACUGAGUUGCCUGUGAUUUAAAUUGUUCUAUCCAAUUAUGUUGCCACCAUAAUAUCUUUCAAAUGCCAAAUUCUUAGUCAGAUGAAGUAGAGUUUACUUCCAUGGCUUUCAAAUUAUAUGAUGCUGUCUUCAAGUGGUGCUGAUUUUUUCAUUCUGAUAACAAUCCAAAUGUCAAUCUGUGCAUUACGCAAGUACAAAGUAAUAAUAUUCUCCGUUUUCACAACACAGCCCACUAAUUUUUUUUAAUAUUAUUUUUAAAUGAUUUAUCGUUAUGAAAUUAUUUUGAUAAUUAUGUAUAUAUUUUAAUAUUUUAAAAAUAUAGAUUUUAAAAGUGUAUCCAAAAAUAUUAAAUAAUUUGCAAAGCUUAUGCGAAAAUAUUAAAUGAAGACUAUGUUUUAAAAUUGCUUGAAUUAAAGGCGCACUUUAGGCACCAAAAAAACCUUUCGCUUAAUGAAGCAGUUUUCGUGUAUAGAUCAUGCCCCUGCAGUAUCACUGAUCAAUUCUGUGCCAUUUAGGAGUUAAAUCACUACUGUUUCUGUCCAAGCAGCCCUGGCCACCCCUCCUCUGACACGUUCUGUAUGAAACAAUGGUCUCAUUUUCAAUCACUUGUUGAUUUGUUUUAGAUGUUUUCUCCUGCUCUGUAAAUUGAACUUCAUUGAAUUGAAGGUAAAGCAAACUAUUACUACUGCAGGAGAUUCUAAAUUAAAGGGACACUAUAGUCACCAGAACAACUCCAGCUUAUUGCAUUUUUUUUUUUCUGGUGAGUGGAAUUAUACGCUUCAGGAUUUUUGCAGUUAACACUGUCUUUUCAGAGAAAAUGCAGUAUUUACAUUACAGCCUAGUGAUAACUCCUCAGAUGCCUAUUAAAGGUGCUUCCUGGGGCAGUGCUGCACACUGUGCAGCAUUGCAUUCAGUGUCUCCACUCUUUGCAUGUAGACACUGAACUUUUUUCAUGGAUAUGCCAUGGUUCAAUUCAUCUCUAUGAGGAGAUGCUGAUUGGCCAGGGCUGUGUUUGACUUGUGCUGGCUCUGCCCCUGAUGUACCUCCUUGACAGUCUCAGCCAAUUCUAUGGGGAAACAUUGUGAUUGGCUCAGACCACCACUUCUGAUGAUGUCAGCAGACAGCAGGCAGGUCAGGGACAGAGGCAGCAGCUACAGACUUGAAUACAAGUACGUUUUUACUAUAUUUAGGGAGGCAAGAGGGGGGGGCUACACUAUACGGUCAGGAAUACAUGUUUGUGUUCCUGAACUUAUAUUGUUCUGUUAAACUCACAGACAAUAAAGGAAGUACAUCAUUAGAUAGAUUAAUUCCUAAAUGGUAGAGAAUUGAGCAGUGCGACUGCAGGGUUAUGAUCUAUACACCAAAACUGCUUUAUUAGGAUAAAGUUGUUUUGGUAACUAUAGUGUCCCUUUAAUGUCAUGAUCUUUGACUCAUGCGGGAGGGAGAGGAGCACGAAGAGCUCCAGACCCCUCACUCCCACCAGCAGAGGCAGGACUUCAAGCCACCCUCCUGGACUUACAAGUUAAGCUAGCAGGAGGGUGGCUGGAGAUAUUAAAAACAUCACUUGUGUGUGUGCGUAUGUAUUUUUGAGUGUGUGUGUAUCAGGGUGUGCAUCUGUGUCUAUGUGUGCGCACCCAUCUGUGUGUCAGGAUAUACAUCUGGGAAUGUGCAUCUGUGUGUCAUUGUGUGUGUUUUUAUGUCAGUGUGUGUAUCUGUAUUAUGGUGUGUGCAUGUAUCAAUGUUUGUGUGUGUGUCUGUUGGUGUAUGCGUGUGUUAAGGUAUGUGUCGGUGUCUAUAUGAAUGUGUGUGUAUGUAUAUCUUUUGUAAGUAUGUAUGUAUGUGCAUACAUCCAAGCAGUCAUACACCAGCACAACAUACAAACACACUCCUGCAAUCUAACACAAAUAUUACAUACAAACACACCCUGCAUUCAAACUCCAAAAGAAUAUACAAACACACCCUUUCACUCAAACACAAAUACUACACACAAACGUACACCCGCAUUUAAAAAUAACAUUCAAGCACACCCCUGUUAUCAAACGCAAACAUUACAUACAAACACACCCCUAUAUUAAAACACUAAAACUAUAUACAAGCACCCCUUCAAACACCAACACUGUACAUGACACUAUUGCGCCAGUAAAUGCUGCAGCGCUGUACAGAUAUACAACCUAGAAAUUUUGACUUGGUGUGCCUUGGAAAAUAUUGAAAUAUUACCUUGAACCUAAAAGUUUUGGGAACCACUGCUCUAGUACACUAUUUCUCUGUAGAUCCUUGCGUGCACCAUGAUCUGCGACUCGCCUCUCUCUGAGGAGGAAAGAGAGGUCAGUUUCGUGUGCACAUACAGAAAUUGGACAACAUUAAUAUUUUACCUUAAUGGAACACUUUAGCUUUAGGAAUACAAACACGUAUUCUUAACGCUGUAGUGUCCUGACAUCAAUCUAGGUGCCACCCCCUUCUAAGGGGGUUUGAAAGGUGAGUAUUACUUACCUUUCAGCCCUCUCCACGCUGCCAUUCUGCCUCUGGCUUAAAUCAUUUCAUUAUAAUAAUACAUUGGUGAUGUCCAACCUUGGCCUCUUAGAUAUUUGUGAAUUACAAUUCACUUAAUCUACAGUCAGGUAUUAGAUCGGCCUUGCAUCCUGCAUAAAGAUUAGUAAUCACAACAAACAAUCUUUUGAUUUGGAAAUUAAUUAUGAAUUAUUUAUUUACCAAAGCCCCUAGUUACACAUUUUGUGAAGUUCUCUUUUAUUGAGAGAUAUGCUAUUAAAAUCACUAUAACAAAUUCUGUACACUGUUGAGUUUCUAAAAUGCAUGUAACCAAAAGCAUCACGUCUAAUGUUAGUUAAUGCUUUUGUUUUAUUUCCUGUAAGGUUAUGAAUGAUUAAUACAAUGAGCAAGAGGAAGACUAAGGACAGAAGCCUCCCUAUUGGAGAAUGCAUUGGGCAGGUACUGUGUGUUUCCUUCAUUGGUUGUUGUUUGAUUUGCUUUUUUUAUAAUCUGAUGUUGGAAAAAAAUUAAUAAAAUAAUUUUUUUACUAGUAAUACAAUCUGUGUUGAUGUAUAUAAUUAUUUUUCCACACAGUCCUUAAAAUAAAAGGCUAAACGAGGACUUCUGUGCUAUAGUUCAUUUUCUGCCUGAUAAUUCGAUUUUGUAAAAUUAAACUUCCGUCAUUGAUAAUACAACAAACAGUGUUAAAAUGCGCGAAAACUGUAUGGCACUGUAACACUUGUGACAUAAAUCAUAUUUAGGAAACACAAAGAUAAUACCCAGGUAUGUGAAAGUAACAAUAAUUAGUAAGUAUGGAGACGAUAAACCCCGAGAGAGAAGGGAUGGCAUUAUUUUCCCUUCAAAUAAUGUAUCUCACUUAUCUUUUAUAUUACAUGAUUUUUUUUAUGGAAUGGUUGGAGAUUGUAGUGUAGGGUUAAGAGGUAAGGGUAAUGUACAAUGUAUGGGGUGGUGAUUACUGUUAGGGUAGCAUUGGAGUAUAUGUUUCCUUGUAGUGUUUGUGAUCAAUAGGGGUCACAAUCCACUCCAUUGUAUUGUUUGUUAACUAUUCAAUAGAUAUACCUCCAAGCUAAGCAUGUUUGUAUUUUUCCUGCAUGUUUUCUUUAGUGGUUUAUAAUAACACAGCUUGCAAAGCUGCAGACCCGCCGUCUGCAGCCAUUGCAAGUCUUCCCUUUUUUCACAGACUUCUUUAGUCUGUGCCAAGGAAAUGGCCGUCUCAUUGAGAGAAAUCUGUGCUGGAGUUGGGAGCACAUGUGAGGAACUGAUUGCAGCUUUCCAAUGCUUCUCAAUGAGCUGUAGUACAGAUCAUUGAGAAGGAUGGAGGACAGGCAUGCUCUGUGUCGCUAAACCAUCCCAGCUUUCUAGGUAACAGUGAGGGAUGUAAUUUUGCUCCAUUUUAUAAAAGUACUGAUUACUAUUGAAAUUGGCACAUUUAUAAACUCUCAAAAAAUGACAGACUCCAGACUAGAGCAAACUGAUGUGCUUUACUGUCUGGAGUGUUCUUUUAAAGCAACCUUUGAAGUAUCAUAAUCACUAGAGCUCACUACAUCUCCAACUAAUAUUGGGCGGACUAGACAUUUACAGUACUCUCUAAAAUGAGGGUCUCCUGAAUUGUUCGCUUUUUCUCUAUGAGCAGUGAGAGUGCUUUCUAUUUUAUAUUAAAAGGUCUCUGCUUUUAUUUCUGCCUUUUCACUGAAACAUCAGACGGUGAUUUUGUUCAUUUCGAUUUGGAGAAUUAUACUUUGUCUUUUUGAGAAAGUUCUACGUCUGUGCUUUUUUAUAAAUGGCUUCUAUAAUAAGCUUUUACAUUCUAAAAAUGUGUCUCAACCUUGGAGACACAUUAGCUUGUAUCUCUCAUGGUGCGUAAUGUUUGAGGGGAUUUUAUCAUAUGAUACACUGCACACAAGUGUAAGCAAGAAAGGCUUAGCAUAGGUUAAUAUAGCGUACGUUAAUGUCUGUGGGAUAAACUUUACUCCUACUCUGGCACACUGAAAAAAUUCAGGUUCUCUCUUAAAAAUUCAUUGUACGUAAAUUGAACUUUAAAUAGAAACUUUAUUAUUCAACAUGUUACAUAACUUCAUAGGUUGAGAAACGGUCAAUAUCAAGUUCAACCCUUCAUACAUUAUUGUUUCUGCUGUUGAUCCAAAAAAAAAAAAGACUAUAAACUGGCAAUCAAACGACUCCGUUGGUCAACAAAUGAUUAAAUGCAGCAUAUUAGUUAUUACAACCCUGAAUAUUUUGCUUUAUCCAAAAACAUACCAAUACCAAAACCUUUUCCUCUGCUUUAGAGAAAAUCUCAGAGUCUAUUGUUUAUAAACAAAUCCGUUCUUGUUUAAAGAUAUCCCUAACUCCAUUCCAGUUACAGAGAAUUUUGCAGGAUGUGAUGUACAAACCAGGAAAUAUUUAAUUUUAAGAUUUGUCUUCCCUUUUAUUUUGUUUAUAUAUUUCAUGUUGUUAGAUAAAGAUCUUAACAUACACUUAGAGAAAUCUAAAAUGCAUAGGACGCAGUCCCCUUCGGUGCAUUGUAGAUGUAUGAAUGGCUGGAGAGAUCUCCAAAGAUUUAAUGAUACUGUGGGCUGUGCUUAUUUUGCACAGAUAAAGGAGCAACAUUUGCUGCUCCUGCUUUUAGCUUUUAAAGCUUUAUAUGCAUUCUGGGGAUUCAAACAUUUGUUUGAACUAAAAAGGAUGAAGAUGUGGAUCAUACUUUUAAAUUGGAUGUAACCAUUGCCACACAAGCAAAACAUAUCAGUUCCUGUGCAUUCUGCAGAAAGGGUUCACAUCCCAAUGCAUGGACUUCAUAGUACCCAUCACCAACGAGCUGCUUUGUUCUAGCUAAGAUAAACAAAUACAUGCAUUGUGUGUAUGAUAACAAUUAAUGACUAGACUUUGUACUUGAAGUUGUGUUCGAGUUGGCAAACAUACAACACAGAAUGUAGAGGAGUCAGAACGUGUCUCAUCUAUUCUGUAAUAAGUCUUGUUCUUUACCUUAAACGGUUACUCAGUAUCACUUAAAAACCAAAAGCGGAUGUAAUAAUUACUAAAUUAUAAUGAAUAAUAAACCAUCUGUGUUGAUACAGAUUUCUCCAUAUUUUGUUCCCUGUGAUCAUUAGGUGUAAGAAGACAACCCCCCUCCCCUCCCCCUUUAAAGUGUAUCUGUCAUGAUACACACUUCUUAUGCUUAUUUCAAAUAGAUAAAAUUUUAUAUAUAUGUUGUGUUAGUAGAAUUUUUAGAUUGGAAGAAAAACCUAUUUAAAAAUUGGUCUUUACACCACCUGUCAAUUAAUUAGUCUGCAUAGAGCUCUGUGCUGAAGACCUGAGUGACAUACAGGCUGUUCUCCAAGCAUAGCAACCACAGGGAAUGUGCUAUGGUUGUUGGAGUUUACCCCCUAGCCGAUGCUGUUUGUUCUGGCAAGGGAGUGUAGGAACGGAGGGAAUGAGUAAGUGAUUGCAAUGUGGAAAUUUAUAAAACAUUGAUCACUGAACAGAAGACACUUUAAUUAGAUAACCAAGGACCUAAGAAGAUGAGUGUUUGGAAUGUAACAGAGAUUGACUUUGAAUUUUUCUUACCAUAUAUGCUGUUUAUAGUCUCCUACAGUGUAGGUUUCUUAAGAGGACAGGGAACCAGCAACUAAGAUCAAUUAUAUUAUGGUGUGACUUGUAUUGUUUGGAAAUUGAAAAUAUAUAAAUUGUCUGAAAUUUUUUUCUCUUUUUUUUUUAUUUGGGUCCCAAAAGGCAACUCAGGUUAGGUAGGUAACAAACACUAUAAUCCUUAAUAAAUGCUCUAGGUCUUCUCUUUUAAGGCUGAAUCGUGUGUUAGAAGAGCCAGAAUUUCUUCAUACAAGAUAUGUAAAGCAGCUACAUGGUUGCACCAGAUGCCUACACACAUCACUAGAAAUUAUACGUCCAUUAACAGGCAAUCCAGCCAUUGUCAGGGAAGUGCUACAGGCAAUACUUGGUGAAUAGGCUGCUGCAUAGGUCUUUAGAAGUAACUAAAAGAGAUAUUUACAUCCAACCUCCAAGAGUAACAUCCGACCUCCAAGAGUAUACCAUGUUAAGCCACAGUUACCUCUUCUUAGAUCACUGCUUCUGCGUUUAUUUGCACUAGUUAUUCAUGUUUUUGGACAUAAUUCAUUAGAUGGGUGCUUUGUCCAAAUAGGGCCAAAAUUGAUAUAUCUAUUGUAAAAUGAGAACAUCCUCUUCAGAUAUCUUAGAAAUGGAGGCUGCUCUGUGGUACUGGGGGUGCCUUACGGGGGUAGAGCCCCUCAGGGGAGAUGACAGGGCUCCGGUGGGAAGGGGGCUGACCGUUUUUGGGCGGGGGACUGAGGGGCAUAGCCUGGGAGCGGAAGGGAAGGGGAAUGGAGGGUCCGGGUGGGGGAUAUGUUGUAUUGGGGGGAGCAGGGCACCCGGGGGGAUUCGGAAGAGUUACCCUCGUUUCUGGGGGCGACGGAUAUGGUGGUGGUGCCUAGUGGAGCCAAGGGGACAGCCACAGGAUGAGGCGGCAGGGGGGUGCCCGGGGGUCUAGUGAGAGGCCCAGGUACUCUCGGGGGACCCCACAGUGUGGGAACGGGCCUCAGGCAUCGCUCUCUAUCACGGAGCACCAAGGCACCGGACCAGUAGGGGGUAUCCCCGAAGGAGGAGGGAGUUGGGAGGAUAGUCUAGAAGGCCACCUCUUAUAUGGGGGGGAGCACCUGUCAGCAAAGGUAGGGCCUGGAGGGACGUAGGGGUUCAGGUGGAGGGCGGCUUGAUGGCAGAGGGCUCACCCGCGGUGGGGGUUUCUGAGCAGGGGCUGGGGGGGGGUCAGAUUGCCUCACGAGGGAUUCCGGUACUUUACUUCAGGGGAUGGAGCAUAGGGACGGUACGAGGGGUAUCCAGCCUCACAUAGCGGGGGGGGGGGUACAGAUGGGUAUCCCACGUCCCAACAGCGUACAGUCCUGGCGAGACUGGGGGCAGCUGGAGACCUCCAACCCACAGUCUUCUUACCAGAUAGCCAUGGGCACGACUCGAGACUGUAUUAGCGGGUGUGGAGCCGGAACAGGACUAGGGGUAGUGGGUAGGCUUGGCUGGCUAGGUAGUUCCCCACCAGGUUCCAGUGCCCAGGGGAGUAAAUCCCCACCCCCCCCCUUCCCCCGUUAGAAUAGUUAGGGGGACUUUAAGAGACACGGUGAGAUGGCAGGUAACGCUCACAUGUUGGUGAAGGGUUCGCUUUUCCCCCUCAGUGUCAGGGGUAAGAGAACACCUAGGGUCAUCGGGUCCUGAGAACCUCAGGGAGUCCGGGAGGGUUCUGACAGUUUCUGUAGGGCUGUUAUAUGUUACUCCAGAUUAAAUUAGGGUUCACAAUUAACUAUGGGUUUCACGAGAAAGAGGUAGCCAUGGGGGUGGUGACACCAGGAGCUUCCAGAGGCACGGAGACGCCGCACAUUGGAGUGUCGGGGAUUCAGACCUUGGGCCUCACGCAUCUUUCGGGCAUUAGACGCGGGAAGAUGCGGGGUCCUACACCCUAUAUUAGUCUGGCUAGAGGUAAGACCAGACGACGCCGGCGGCAUGCACGGCAUACGCUGUAUCGUCACAGUUGUAUAUACUUUAUUUUCUACUUUUCUUAUACUUUUCUCUUCCCUAGAUGUCUUUCCCCUCCUUUGUUUGUUUAUUCCGUGGGGGUGGGGUGGUGGGGACCGGGGCCCGGGGGGAGCGGCACGACCUACUGGGCCAGCGUGACUAUACAGGCGGGGUCAUGACGCUGCAACUUACUACAUUAAACGUGAAAGGGCUCAAUGCACCACAGAAAAGGCGGUUAGUAUUUAGGGAACUCAAGCGGAUGAGAGCAGAUGUGGCCUUCAUCCAGGAAACGCACUUGCCGAAACACGCGGGGUUUAGGUUACGAGACCACACCUAUUCCACGGCUUACGAAGCACGGGCGCUUCGUAAACAAAACGGAGUGGCCAUCUUGAUCCGGAACAGCUGUCCGAUGGCGAUUACGUCAUCUGACUGUGAUCCGGAAGGGAGGUAUGUCAUUGUAACUGGUACGUUGCAUUCACACACGAUACAUUUAAUAAAUGUCUAUGCUCCGAAUCAGAUGGCGGCCGGGUUUUGGGAGGUGUUGCUGGAGAAGAUCCGGAAUCUGCAACGGGGCAUGCUAAUCAUGGGGGGGGAUGCCAACGCAGUGCCGUCCCCUGCCGUGGACAGGAGCGCACAUGGGGGGGUACCUAGAUCCCAGGGGCAGGGGAGCCAAGACCGGUGUUUUUACAAGUUUCUGACGGAGGCGGGGCUGGUGGACGUCUGGAGGGCACGUCAUCCGAGCACGGUAGAUUAUACGUUCUAUUCGGCCCCACAUGGCACAUACUCUAGAAUAGAUAUGUUCCUAGUUAAUGCCUACCUUACGUCCAGAGUUCAGAGAUUGGGCCCAUAGCAUGGUCCGACCAUGCGGACGUAUCUCUCACGUUGGGGAGCUUGGGGGUAGCUACUCCCUGGACUUGGAGGCUUAACUCCUCCCUAUUGAGGGACCAAGACAUCGUCGACCAGAUUCGGACCGACCUACUAGACUAUUUCGCGACUAACGCCACUCCUGACAUGGGUCCGGAAACGAUAUGGGCGGCACACAAGACAGUGACAUCAAGAUAGCGACUGCUAGGAAGAAAAACAAAUUCCUCAGACUGACUACCUUACUGACUGAGCUUAGGAGUGUAGAACAGCAACAUAAACACAGACCCGACGACGGGACAUUCCGACAGCUGGAGGCUAAACGACAUGCCAUCCGCUCCUUACUACUAGAUGACUCGGCUAAAGCCAUGACAUGGUCCAAACGCACCUUUUAUGAAAAGGCAAAUAAGAUGGACACGUUAUUGGCCAGAGUCCUUAAGCCUAGACUGCGACGCGGGCAUAUCACUGCCAUACGACACUCAGACGGCUCCAUUAAAACUCUGCCCACAGAGAUCGCAGACGUAUUUACUGACUUCUUCAAAACACUCUAAAACCACUCUUCGAACACAGCAACGCAAGUAGCGACAGACACUGCACUGACACUUAAUUUCCUCUCCAGUCUGGAUCUACCUAAAUUAUCUCCAGAGGCGAUUGACAGAUUGGCAGGAGAAAUUCUCCCAGAAGAGGUGGACCGGGCAAUCUUGGAGUUGAAAAGCAAUAAGGCCCCUGGACCGGACGGAUAUGAUGGGACUUAUUAUAAGACCUUUAGGGAGGAACUGACGCCCCACCUGACAGCACUUUUCAACGGGUUCAGAGGGACACACACACCAAAUCAUGACAUGUCUUUAGCUACCAUUAUCUUACUACCUAAACCCGAUAGAGACCCACUCCUCCCUGAGAGCUAUCGACCCAUAUCUCUUAUUAACCAUGACAUGAAAAUUCUCGCAAAAAUACAGGCGAAUAGAAUUAACCCGUAUCUUGCAGAUCUAGUCGACUCGGACCAGGUAGGCUUUAUUCCCGGUAGGCAAUUAUUUGAGAAUACUCGCAAAAAUAUUGAUCUCAUAUGGAGACAGGCAACCCUAAAUACCCCAACCUUAGUGCUUUCGCUCGAUGCUGAAAAAGCAUUUGAUAGAGUCCAAUGGCCGUACUUAUUCACGCUCCUCUCACAUCUAGGCUUCCCGGAACAAUCUAUAACAUUAAUCAAAGCUAUGUACACCAAUGUACAGGCCCAGGUGAAAAUAACAGGUGCCCCACUCAGGCCGUUUGAACUCCACAAUGGUACGCGGCAGGGAUGCCCGCUCUCCCCUUUGUUGUUCGUACUGUCACUAGAACCUUUACUGCAGGCGUUGAGGAAGCACCCGGACAUCAGGGGUGUGAGGGCGGGGGGGAGGGAGUUUUUAGUAUCGGCCUAUGCGGAUGACGUGCUCUUGACGGUCACCAGCCCCCUAAGCUCCAUGAGAGCCCUCCAGGAGGUCCUGCAAGAGUACGGACAGUUAGCUGGCUAUAGGGUGAAUAUGGCUAAGUCCAGUGCCCUGCCGAUCAAUAUCACGGGUGGAGACAUCACUUUCAUUCGGAGCACAUAUGGAUUAAAGGUGGUACACCAAUCGCUUAAAUACUUAGGGAUCCGCCUAACAGCACACCCAGCACAGUUAUACAGCCAAAAUUACACACCCCUAAUUAAGAAGUUAAUUAACGAGCUAGAGACUUGGUCGGACAGACCUAUUUCCUGGAUAGGCAGAGUCCACGCGGUAAAAAUGAAUAUACUGCCGAGGAUCCUGUUCCUAUUCCAAACUCUACCAAUCCGUGUGUUGAAAGGGCAACUACUGCCGCUGCAACGGGCAAUAGGGACAUUCAUUUGGAACUCUAAACGCCACAGGAUCUCGAGAUACAUUUUGUAUCGGCCAAAAGAUAGAGGGGGCUUGGGCCUCCCUAGUCUAUAUUUUUAUUAUGUAGCAAGCCAAUGGGUUGAUUUAGAAUCACUUAUGGUGGGAGCGGACCUCCCACAGCUUCUUAUCUGGGUGCCAAAGCCACAUAGACCCCAGAUCAGAGUCACCUGCCCAGCCAUUCUUAAUUCCAUCAGGUUAUGGGACACCAUGGCACAUAAAUACGAAUUAGCCUCGGACCCUUCCCCCCUUAUGCCAUAUCUCCGUAACAAGGAAUUCCCUCCAGGCAUGGCGGCCAGAGAUUACCGGAAUUUGGAGAGGGUAGGGCUCCAACGCAUAUGUCAGUUAUUCCAGGGUGCAGAUUUCCUCCCGUUCGAUGCCCUACGACAAGAAGGGCACCUUACUCCAGCGGACUUUUUCCGCUACCUCCAAGUCAAAGACUAUGUAAAGCAGCCCCAUAUACAGGCAGCGGCACAACAGACGAUGACAUUCUUUGAACGCAUAUGCAUACAGGAACGGAUGCCCAAGGGCCUGAUAACGAUCUUAUAUAAGCAUCUAUCACUAGAAACUAAGGAAUGGGGCAGCCUUAAAUAUAUAACCCAAUGGGAAAGAGAUCUGGGGGAAGAACUAGAGGGAGUAGAAUGGCAAGAAAUAUGGCAGUCCAAUCAUACCUCUUCGAUAUGUGUCACCAUGCAAGAGCAAUCCGUGAAAACAAUGCUCCGAUGGUACACCACCCCCACCCAGCUGUACCAUAUGAAGAAGACUCCCACGGACUUGUGCUGGAGGGGGUGUGGUAUCAGGGGAACAUAUAGGCAUAUGUGGUGGGACUGUCCGGUGAUACACAAUUUCUGGACGCAGGUUAGAGGUAUGAUAACCCAAGUCUUUGCCCGAGCCCCAGAGUUAGACCCAUGGGUUUACCUAUUAAGCAGAUCGUUAGAGGGGUGGACCCGGAGGGAACAAAAACUCCUCCAUAAAAUCACAUUGGCAGCACGGCGUGCCAUUGCUGCAAGCUGGCUAAAACAAACGGCCCCCACGACACAAGAGGUUCUCAAUAGAAUUCAGGAAGUGCACCUAAUGGAUGACCUAACUGCCCGAAUAAGGGAUACCCACCAGUCCUUUCAGAGGAUCUGGGAGCCAUGGGAGAAUUCCCCACUAGGAAUGUAGCAUGGGGAGAGGAAUGUGGCCCCUCACCCCCUGCCGCUCCCUCCCCCCCCCCUCUCCUUCUUACCAACCUGUCACCCCACUUAUCUAUCUUUCUAUCUCCUACGCACCAAUUGCUUCGUUACCCUAUAUCCAUGGAACGCAUCAGGCAGAUAUGGGAAUUGAAGUCUCCCGCUGACUUUACCGCAGGGACACCAGUAAGUUUCUCUAGACAGCGAUAGGGAUAGCCCGUUCGCGGAAGAGAACACCAUAACAUAGACAAAGGGGUGGCCACGGUCGCGUAGGCAAAUCCACUACUGACUUAUACUGGGGUAUAUCCAACUAUUGAUCUGUCCUGCUGGAGGGAAUUGGCGGGAGGGAGAGAUACCGAUGGAGGGCCCAUGGCCCGGGCACAGAAUGGCCUACGUUACGGGAGUUGGAGACAAACAUGGUUGUUGUACUUGUUGUGUGUUUUUUUUUUUGGUCUAUUGUUUCUGUCUGUAUAUCUCAUGUUUGGUUAAAAUAAGAAAACUGGCAUUGGCAAGGAAAGCGAGAGCGGGAGAACCGGGGGACUCAUGAGCAAUUCACGGACUCGGAGCUAUACACAGUGCGGUAUAGGAGUGGAGAGGCAGUUUGCCCUAGUGUGGAUGGGGGGUUUGAUAUGGGAUGUGAAUGUUAUGCCUGUAAUGGAUAUGAUUAUUACCUCUGAACAUCAACAUGCUAUGCCAAUGCUAAAUGUUAAAUAAAGAAUUUAAAAAAAGAAAAAGAAAUGGAGGCUGGACCAGAGACGCCAGGGGGACAUAGGUAAGUGCCAAGCCAUUAAAAAACACAAGUUUGACUACAGCUGGCUCUAUAUGGUGUCCAUACUGCCUCUUUAAAUGUGAUGUGUCUGUUGUUGUUUUUUUUUUAUAUAUAGAAAAUUGCAGUGAUUUUUUUAAAUUUUUGUUUUUACUAAGUAGGUGCACUGUGGUAGGUUAGUGUAUUCAGUUAUCCUAGUGUGAAAAUCGAGAAAAGAUCACCUUUUUUUAAUCAACAAGGAAUUUAACCCUUGGGCGGACUGUUGCAUCAACUUAUGGAAAAAAGAAUUUACAGCAAGACAAAUUUAAUUUUCAUAAAGCAUUAUUAAUAAGCCAUAUUCACUGUUCCAUGAAACUGCUUCCCAUCAAACGCAAGCCUCUGAAAUUAUAUUUCUGCAUACUGAAUGAAAAUAAUAAUGAUCUAGACAGAAAGCAGUGAUAAGACUCCUCUUCAGCAUAAAGUUCAACAAAAUAUCUAGGCGCUGUAAUAUAAAAGGUGCAAAAAUGAAUUAUUGAUAUCUUCUCUCUGCAAAUAUAACGCUGUUGCAUUGUUUAUAUUGGAGUGUUCUUGUAUUUUGCUGAGCCAUCGCCUUGCUAGCAUAUAAUAAUCAGUAACUCCACAUUUAAUAUUGGAAAAUACAAGGUCCGUGAUCUGAUGUGAUGGGAUUGUAUUUGCAUGACUGCCCCAGGGGAGUCUAGUAUAUUUUUAAUAAGUAUCCAGCUCUGGUCUCUAUGAUAGAAGGGUUUUUGAGUUAAAUAUUUCUGUUUUCCCUUUGUCCUACGACUUAUAUAUACUCUUAUAGGUCCAUGCCAUCCUACGACAAAGGUUUCUGCAGCAAAGUCACCAUGGAAGGAAAUUUGGGGUAGAAUCACAGCACAAGUAAGAUGAAGAUACUCUCGUAAUAUCUAUGAAGUCAUACUAUAUUUAAUUAUAUAAUAUACAGUUUCAUUUGAUAUAUUAUAGUGAUUCAGCUUUGUUAUGGUAAUUUUGCAUCAACAUUUAAAUAUACUGAAUACGCAUGCAAAGAAAAUAAAGUAAACCAUUUUUAUGUAGUUAGGGAGAUCCUGAAAAUGAGGUCAUUUGCUUAUUUCCCCCCCCCCCUCCCGCCCAAAAAAAAGUAGAUUUAUUUUCUUGAUGGUGCUGAUUUUCAUUAGGUGAUAGCUGCACAUUGAUAUAAUUUGUUAACCUUGAGGUUCUGCAAUUAUUUGUAUAUUUAUCUGUAUAUGCAAAAAAGAAUGGAACAUCCAUGGGUUUUGGUGAUAAGCAAUAUAUUAUUAUUCUCUAUAAAGCCCCAACAAAUUUUGCAGUGCUGUAUAAUAGGUGACUAUGAUGUGUAUUCUUAUCCUAAGAAGAGAUCUCUUGAUAGGUUUUAUACAUGUUGGAACCUUGUGUCCACUUAGAUUACUUUUACUCGGGUAACAGUGGACUCGGGUACUUUUUAGUCCAGUGGUUGCUAAUCAGACAUAGUAUGAUGGCCAGAUUUAAACGUUAAAGCCACUCUCUGUUCCUACUCGAGGAAGUAAUAUAGAUUGGUAGCAAUACUGACCACUCCUGAAUAAACUAUCCAGGCCUGCCGGUGGUUCCUCUUAACCUCUGUAUAAUUUGUGGGUCUGUUUAUCUAGAUAUUUUUUUUCUGGAUUUCCGGAUUGGUUGAAUUGACGUAACACCUGACUGGAUCUGUUUUAUAGAGAACCUGCUCUUAAAAUCAUCACAGCUUCAAAUCAGAGGUCUAUAAAUCUAAGCAUAGGUGCACCCACUUAUGUAAAUAUAUUCUCUAACUCCAAGUGUACAUCAGACAGUUGUCAUUUGCCUUUACCUGUCUCUAGACUGAACAUCUGAUUGUUCUCAGAUGACUGUUUUGUUUUAUAUUGAUGAUUUUUUUUCAGCUCUCUGUGCUAUUUUGAGACUCCGAGCUAAGCUCAUCCUUUUGUUAUUGUAAUUUCAGGCACUUAGUAGAGCUUCUGAAAAGAACAGCGAUUCAUGGUGAGAGUAACUCUGCACUGAUUAUUGGUCCCCGGGGAUCAGGAAAAAGCAUGGUAUGAAUUCUUUAUGUUUUACUAAGUCAACCUGCUGUUUGUAUCACCUUUUGCAUACUAUCACUUAAUGAACAAUUUUACAAAUGUUAAACCAGUGAAAUUUUCAUACAUUAUUCAAAUUUAAUUAAUUUUCUUUAUUUAAUCAGUAAAUCAGUAUAGUCAAUCCAUACCUUUUUUACAUUAUUAUUCCAAUUAUUUCUAUUAGUGUGGUUUUAUUAUUGCUUCUGCAGGAGGUUGCAUAGAUAGAUCUACUUUAUGAAAUAACAUAGUCCUGGUGAGUGGCCUUAAGGAAGCCUAUUCACAUCAUAUGACAGGGUAUCAUUUCAUGUUUGCAUCUGUGGAUAUCUGCAUAUAAGCGCUUAAUUAUUUUCAAAGCUCUAGUAUUUCAGCUUACUGAAACAAUUUAGGUGUUAAACCACAUUUCCCCUCUUAUCACUUUUACUUAUCACUUUAUAUAUGGCAUUACUGAUGCCUCUGAUUUGUCAGUAAGAGGGCUGGUAGACUUUCCUGUUUGUCUCUUUGAAUCAUCUUUCAACUCAGAUAUGAGUGAUUCUUAAAGAGAAAUAAUAGAUUCAUGAGAAGCAUUGUAUUGGUCCUUCCUAUGUCCCCGGUGCUUUGGAUUGGACCGAGAUCAUCGGUAAUGAUGAUCUCACUACAGGUGCUCAAGGUUGGAGAGUGGAGACUAUCCUAGCACUGGAAUAAAGAUUAAUUGACUGGCUCUUUUUUUUUUUUUUUUAAGUGAAAAGGGAGGUAGAGAACUUAAACUAAGAAAAAACAAACAAAACACUUACAUGUUAAGUGUCUGUUUUUUUAUGUUUGUUUAAUAUCUGAGUUAGAUAGAGCUUUGAGAAAGCAAGGUUUAAUUCUUAGAUUCUUCUUGAAAUGUCAGAUUACGCGUUCUGUCGCAGUGAUAUGUCUUGUCUGUUUGUGCCAUUAUAUUGUUUUACUUCACCAGGUAGUGACUUGUACAUACCAAUUCAUGCAUUGUAUGGACAUGUCUUUCAGCUGUUAAAGAAUGCCUUACAAGAAGUUCUGGAAAUAAAUCACAUAAAAGAGAAUGCGUUGCAAGUCCUUCUUAAUGGUAUGUUUACAAAACGAUCUAGAUUGAACAAUCAACUGGAUAGUUGAAGGGUUUACUUCUGUGGGUACAGUUUGUUGUUUUGUUCAGAGUAGGCUCAAAAAUAGGUUAAUGUUCCUAUUUGCAGAUGACUAAACACAAUCCAGAGCUAUUCACUAAGGUGCCAAUUGUCACAAAUACAAUAUGAAUUUUACAUUUUAGGCUCAGAUAGACAAUUUUUUUCCGUUUUGCAAGCACGCUAUGUUUUAAUGUUGUCUUUUUUUUUUUUGUCUACAAUGUUAAAUUCACUUUGAAUUCCCAACAAUACACACUUUGUUGAAUAACACUGUUUAAAGAAUUCCAUCUUAAAAAGAAACUUGAUCCCACCCAAAUGAUCUGCCUUUGCAACGGAAAGUAUGUUUGAACAUGUCAGACCCAGUGUGAAUUUAAAAAACAAUUAUGCAAAUAUUAACAACAACAGAAUCCUAGAUUGUAAGUUCUCUCUAUCAUUGUAUCUGUCAUCAUUAUUUUGAUGAUUAAGUUAUAAAUCCCCAUUAUUUAAUUUUAAUCAUUUAUAUGUGUUUUUAGUGUUUAUCCUCAUAAAGCAAAUCUAUCACUAGCGAGAUUUUUGCAUAGCUAAAUCAGAUGCAUCUAAAUAAUUUUAGCCCCUGCAGUGCCAUAUACAUUGUACAUGCACGUGUACAGCACUACUGAAAGAUUGCCCAAGCGCACAUGCAAAUCCACAAAGCAGAGGUGCAGUGGAGGUACAUGCAUUUUUUUACUAAACUCCACUGCUUUGACCCUGAUAAACACUGCAAUAGCACUGACAGGAGUGAGUGAACAAACAUGUCAGUUCCAUAGACGUGACACUUCCUCUAGAACUUUUUUUGUCAGGGAUCCAAAUUACUCAUUAUAUUUUAAUGCUGAUACUUCUAUGUACAAAGCUGUUUCAAAGAUAUAGAAGCUAAAAUAUUAAUAUUCUCAUAUCCCCAAAAAUGGAGAGGGGAGAAAAUACCUCUAACCAUUGCUGGAUAAUUCAGUGGUUGGAAUCAGUGGACACUAAUUCCCCACUCUCUUCAUUUCAAAUAGCAGAUAACACCCGGACUCAUGGACACUCGUAGGAAAAAAAAUAUUUACUAAUUCACAAAAUAUACAUGGGACUGGGAGGGAAGGGAGGGCACAUAAAGAAAAGAAGGAAAAGUCUGUCCAAACAUUCACCCUGUCUUGUCUCUUCAUUGCAAGUUGGAGUAGACAUUCACCCCCCCAUUGCCAGUAUUAGUAGCAGACCUCCUAUUCACAUUGCUGCUAGUAACUGUAGUGGCCCCUUCUCCUCCUUCCCUUUCCCAGUAGUAGUAGUUAUUCUCCCUUUCCCCAUUUCCAGUAGAAACAGUAGUAGCCCAUUCUCCCUCACACCAAUGCCAGUAAUCGUAGAAAUAGCCAUUCUCCCCCUCCCCACCCAUGACCGUAAUCGAUGUAGUACCCAUUUUCACCUCCUUAUUGCCAAUAGUUGUAGUAAUCAAUUCUUCUUUUUCUCUCCCCAGUAGUAGCUUGUUAUAGUCAAUUUUAAUUGUACAAUAAUAUUCAUGGUGAUUUUCUUUUUUUUUAGGUCUCUUGCAAACCAAUGAUAAGAUUGCUCUGAAGGAAAUUACCAGGCAACUCAAUUUAGAAAAUGUGGUUGGGGAAAGAGUAUUUGUAAGUAUGUUUUUAUUCUUCAACAACCCGCAGUGAUACCAUUAUAGUAUAUGAAUUAGGGAACUAACCUAAACUAUCUCCUACUUUCUAUAUAGAGAAAAACACAACCUACAAAAUAAAAGCCAAAAGGACCACAAAUGGUGUAGACCAAAACACACCAGAUAAUAGCUAGUGUAAAAAUGCACUCACAAGCAUAGAUUAAAGCAGGCAGGAUAUGAAAAUAUCAGUAGAACUUCUUUCUUUUCAACUUCCCAACUUCUGUGCUUGUUAGUAGAGAAGAAACAAAACACAUAGUGCAACACUGUAUAACAUGAAAAAGAACACUUUAUUUCAUGCACUCACAAGAUAAUUAAAAAGUAAAAGCCCAUCACAGUGUCUUUACUCUCAGGAGAAAUUCUGUAUACAACCUCCAGGACCCAGAAAUCUGUCGUGAAGGCAAUCAGUAAAACACAGGAAAAAACUGUGUUCUUUCACCCUACGCGUUUUGCAUCCAAGAUCCUUGAAAGAAUUGUGUAUGCGAGAUUGACAGACUUCCUCGAGUCCAACUCUCUGCUAGACCCGCUUCAGUUUGGUUUCCGCGCUAAGCACUCUGUGGAAACGGCACUGACCAAAGUAUCCAAUGAUCUACUCGCUGCAAAAUCUCGUGGUCACUACUCUAUCCUAAUUCUCCCUGACCUGUUUGCGGCUUUUAACGCUGUUGCUCAUCAACAGCUUCUUCUCAUCCUCCGCAAUAUCGAUCUACAAGAUAUUGCUCUCUCUUGGUGCUCCUUCUACCUCUCCCAGCGCUCUUUCAGUGUUUCUUUCGCUGGCUCUGCUUCUUCUCCCCAAUUCCUCUCUGUUGGUGUUCCCCAAGGUUCAGUCCUUGGUCCCCUAAUGUUCUCCAUCUAUACUGCCUCCCUUGGUAAACUCAUUAGCUCCUUUGGCUUCCAAUAUAAUUUCUAUGCAGAUGACACGCAAAUCUACCUGUCCUCUCCUCAUCUCUCCCCGUCCCUCCUGACUAGUGUGUCUGACUGCCUCUCUGCUAUUUCUAACUGGAUGGCUGCCCACUUCCUUAAACUAAACUUGACCAAAACUGAAAUUCUGGUCUUUCCUCCCUCAAGUGUUGUUACUCCUGUGUCUGUCUCCCUCCAAGUCAACGGUGCUACCAUCAGCACCACCACGCAGGCUCGCUGCCUAGGUGUUCUCUUUAACUCCAACCUCUCCUUCAAGCCUCAUGUUCAAUCUAUCGCCAAAUCCUGUCAUCUCCAUCUCAAAAACAUUGCGCGCAUCCGCCCCACCUAACGCCAGAUGCGACUAAGGUGUAGGUCCAUUCCACUGUCCUUUCUCGUCUUGACUACUGUAAUCCGCACCUCAGUGGUCUUACGUGCUCCCAACUUGCGCCAUUACAGUCCAUAAUGAAUGCGGCGGCGAGGCUCAUCUUCCGCCCGCACCUCCCAUGCCUCACCCUUCUGUCAGUCCCUACAUUGGCUUCCUAUAAAAUAUAGAGCUCAAUUUAAAAUUCUGGUUCUUGCUUUCAAAUCUCUACAUAAUGCUGCUCCCACCUAUUUAUUCUCCCUCAUACACAAGUAUGUCCCGUCUAGGCCCUUACGAUCUUCUGAAGACUUACAUCUAUCUUCUGUCCGUACUCCCACCUCUGAUGCUCUCCUUCAAGAUUUCUCGAGGGAUGCACCGUUCCUGUAGAACUCUCUUCCCUCCUCCGUUAGAUGCUCACCCAGUGUCCACUCCUUCAAAAAAUCGUUAAAAACCCACUUCUUCAUAAAAGCGUAUCAAUAAAACUGUUAAUAGCUCCUGACUGAUUCGUCUUCUGCAACUGUCACUAGUCUAAUACUAUCCUUACCUUUUUGUGUCAUUUUACCCCACUCCCUUUAGCAUGUAAGCUCAUUGAGCAGGGCCAUCAACCCCUCUGUUCCUGUGUGUCCAACUUGUCUGGUUAAAACAACAUGUCUGUUCGUCCACCCAUUGUAAAGCGCUGCGGAAUUUGAUGGCGCUAUAUAAAUAUCAUAAUAAUAAUAAUAAUGAUAGUAAUAAUAAUAUAAAUAGACUUCCUCAGGGGUAUUCAGUCUGACAAUUCUACCACGUCCCGGGUUUAAAAACCCUGGUUUGCUCCUCCCAAAUUGCCUCACAGCCAAUCGUGAAUUGUCAGACACACGUUGAAUACCCCCGAGGAAGUCUAUUUAUAAAUGAAACGAGUAGGGUGAAAGAACACCAUUUUUUCCUGUGUUUUACUGAUUGCCUUCACAACAGAUUUCUGGGUCCUGGAGGUUGUAUACAGAAUUUCUCCUGAGAGUAAAGAAACUGUGAUGGGCUUUUACUUUUUAAUUAUCUUGUGAGUGCAUAAAAUAAAGUGUUCUUUUUCACGUUAUAUAGUGUUGCACUAUGUGUUUUGUUUCUUCUCUCCUAACAAGCACAGAAGUUGGGAAGAAAGUUCUACCGAUAUUCUCAUAUUCUACCUGCUUUACUUUAUGCUUGUGAGUGCAUUUUUACACUAGCUAUUAUCUGGUGUUUUUUGGUCUGCACCAUUUGUGGUCCUUUCUGAUUUUAUUUUGUUGUUUUUUUUUUUUUCUCUAUGUAUAUUCAGAAGAUCCGAGGAAUCUUCUAAACCUCUACUAUUUUAUAUUGUAACUUAUUUUUAUAAUUACCCCCUUUUUAACCACUGGUGUUUUUUAUUGCAUAGGGGCUUUUUAUGUAUUUUGCUUAUUCCUGCAUCUCCAACUUUCUGUUUUCUGCGCCAGUUACAAACCAUGAUGUUUGGAAACUGAACAGCCUAUCAGGUGAAGGUCAAGUGCAAAUAUUUGACAGUAUUUUUUAUUGUUUUUAAGUGGCAGUUAUCUUUUUAGGACAGAAAGCUGAGAUGUGAAACCAUGUAUGUUCGCAACACACUUCUGACAAUUCGUGCACGUAAUCUAGUUCACUAAACAGUGAGCCACACUUUUUAUAAACCAAUAACAGCUUUGGCUGCUUGUGCAAAAAAUGACUUCUUAUACCAGAAUGAGUCACUCCUGAUGGGAGAAUCUCUUUCUGGUUGAAGCAGUGUCUACCUAUUAAUAAAUAGUGUAACUGCAUGGAACCUUUAAUGUAUCUGUUUUGUUUUUUUUGGGAAAUAGUUUUUUUAUUGAGGUAAAUAGAUUACAUAUAGAAUAUGGUUUGAAAUGAAGUUAAUAUUAAGAAAAACUCCCUUGCUCAAGGUAAAUAUAACAGGACAAAUCUAAGUAUGACGUAGUUUCAAAAUAGCUACACAACUACCUCAUUUUUGUUUAAAUAGUAUAGAGAGAACAAGUGUGUUUAACGGCUAGAUCAGACAAAAGUAAUUAGUUUACAUAAACAACACUAUGUGUUGGCUCUUUGUGGGCCAGCCAAACUGCCAAGGGGUGCCAGGGAUUGCAAUUCGCAAGCUGCUGCUACUGCAGAGAGGGCUGUUUGUUUCGACCCAAUAGUGCCCUCAUACUCCACUCCUCCAGGCCCACACCGUUACAGGAUCCGGUACAUAACUUUCACUGACCCCUCCAUGCCAGGUGACAGGGUCAAAGUCCCCAGUGAGACCCAUAUAGUAGAGAUUAUUCAGGUGUUGUGGACUGUAAACAGGGUGAACCCCCGUCUGGGUUCCUAGCCCAGAUGGGGGUUUGUGGGCAAAGGCACUGUCUGGAUCCGACUUAUUGACAAUUUAGGUGAGUUGGGCUCUACGUCUGGACAUAUGCUGCCAAAGCCGCUCGCAUACAGUGUCAAAUGCCGAGUAGAAUGGUUCUUUCCAGCCCACAGGGAAGCCUGGCAUGGGAGGUGUAGCUGGGGAGGAGGCCAAGUUAAAUAAGCCUCAUCUAGCCCGAUUACCUUAGUAGAAGAGUGUAAAAGUAGACUUAUUUGUAUAUAUAGAAAUGAUCUGUUCGUGUUUCUUAAAUCCGUUUCCAAAUCAGGGUUCCUGCUGGUGGAAAGCCAGACCUCAGGCAGUUGUUUGUAAUAAAAUGAUUUUCACCCCAGCAUAAGGGGAAUCAAUUUGGCACAGAGGAGGCUGCAUUGAAAGUGCUUUGCAGAAGUGAUGUUAGCAUAUAAAAUCACAAUUGAGGAACUGGUUUCACAUCUAAUGUCAUUUAGGUCCUUUCCAAAACCACCAUGAACCCUGAGCUGAAUAUUCAUUUAUGUUUAGGCCUAUUCAUUUGCAGAACUUUUACUUUUAUUUUACAGGGAAGCUUUGCAGAAAACCUUUCUUUCCUACUGGAAGCUUUAAAAAAAGGUAUAUGAGAUGUGACAUAAGAUUUUCAAACUAUUGUAUUCUAUAUUUACAGAAUACACUUUUCAUUCUUCAAAUGGUCUUCACAUUUAUCAUUCACAUUUUGCAGACGUCUGUAAUUUUUUUUCAAGAUAUAGGCCUUAUUUCUUAAAAAGUCUAAUCACAGCUACCACAAACAUUGGUAGAAGAUUCGUUAGUAGAUCUUGCAAUUCAAGUAGUUUUCAUGUUUCCCUCCUCCUUUAAACUGUCAUGUAUUUAGAGAAUACUUGUCUACAAUCAGAAGACCCAGUAGGUUUACCCAGAUCGAUGUCUGUACAUAGAACACAGAAAAAAAAAGGUUUCUGUAGUUUGAGAAUUGUGUGUUAAGUACUAUUAAUUUUACUAUUAAUUUUAAAUAAAUAUACCAGUUAUUUUAAGCAUUACAUUUCAUCUCUACUUGUGCUUACUGAAAUGCUAGCAGAUAUAUGGAUUUUAAUUUAAUGCCCGUUAAAGUUCUGGUCCCUCCCUUACCUGUCAACAGAUUAGGAAGUGCUUGUUAGGGGCAUUAGAAAUUAGUAAUUAGAAUCUUGUCGUACGGUGUUGCACCAUCUUUUAUACAUUUAGCACGGUUUUCUUUCUAGGUGACCGAACAAGUAGCUGUCCGGUGAUGUUUAUAUUAGAUGAGUUUGACCUGUUUGCUCAUCACAAAAACCAGACCCUGCUUUAUAAUCUUUUUGAUAUUGCGCAAUCAGCGCAGACUCCUGUAGCUGUCAUUGGUCUGACAUGCCGAUUGGUAAGUGAUUUUUCAGCCCAUAAUGACUACCUCUUUUAAAGGCAGUGGGGAUAUAUAUUAACGGUAUUAUUGAAAGCAUUUCAAAAUCUAUAAUUACACAAAAGGGAUUUAAAUGCAAAAACAUGGUCCAAAAUGGAUUGAAUAGUUAUAGUUUUACAUUGUGUGACAAGCAUUAAAUAGACAGAAACCCCUAAAGGAAAAAGUAACUGCAGUAACACAGUAUGUAGAUACAAAGUAUGACAGCCGCCCCAGUAACAGUACAUAUCUAUACUGUUUGAAAACAACAUACGGAGCUCGCUGUGUCCUGUAUUGUCUGAGUCAUGCAGAGAGACUGGAGUAACAUGCUUUAUACAGCUUUUACCUUAGACCGCCAGACAUCUCAAUUUUUAAAUAUAUGAGCUAAACAAUGUUUAUCUCAUAUGUAGAAAACCCUCCCACUGUUUCACCUGUACAUUCCCAUGAACUCGUGCUGUGUAUAGGUUUACAGGUUACAUGGUUUGUUUCAGUAAGUUCUCUGCACAUUAUUAUAAAACCAUACUUGAAAGCUAUGAGAGAUCAAAACAAUUGUUUAGAACUUAUGGACGGUGGAGUGAGUGUAGUAGAAACAUAGAAUGUGACAGCAGAUAUGAACCAUUCAGCCCAUCUAGUCUGCCUAAUUUUUUAAAUACUUUCAUUAGUUCCUGACCUUAUCUUAUAGUUAUUAUAGCCUUAUGCCUAUCCCACGCAUGCUUAAACUCCUUUACUGUGUUAACCUCUACCACUUCAGCUGGAAGGCUAUUCCAUGCAUCCACUACCCUCUCAGUAAAGUAAUACUUCCGGAUAUUAUUGUUAAACCUUUGCAUCUCUAAUUUAAGACAUUGUCCUCUGUUGUGGUAGUUUUUCUUCUUUUAAAUAUAGUCUCCUCCUUUACUGUGUUGAUUCCCUUUAAAAAGACAUCCAGUUUCUUUCUGGUUUCCCCCACUUAAUGGUACUCAUUUUGUUGACCUCAAAGAGAUAAAGGGCUUAGUCACUGGUGAAUUGAACCUGUGACCCCCAAGGGGUUGAACAGAUUCUUCUGACAAAGCAGUAGCCCACUGAACUAUCUCACUACACUUCAAUAAUAAUGCAAUGUUACAAUGGUGGAGUGGGCCUAUAAAUGCAGCUAUUUCCCCUUAAGUACCAUGAGCAGUGUCAGCACCUUUAUUCCCUAGUAUAGUUUAUAUAUUCUAAGUAAAGGCAAAUGCGAAAAUAAAUAUGUUAACCAAGUGCUGCUUAUUUUAAAGGAUGUCAUGGAGCUUCUUGAGAAGAGAGUGAAAUCUCGGUUUUCGCACCGGCAAAUCCAUUUACUGAACUCCUUUAGCUUUUCGCAGUACUUGGAGAUGUUUCAGAACCAGCUUUCACUGCCUCCUGACUUCCCUGAUUCACGGUUUGGCGGAGAGUGGAAUAAAAACAUUGAGGUAACAUAUUCGAUAAAUUCUCUCAGUCACUGAAUACAACAUUGUGUCAAAUAAAAUAAACAAUGGAUUAGAGGAAACCUUUACAUCUUCAUCCACCUACAGGGAUAUUCACUAAACACAGAAUUUUAGCGAAUUAAAGGGAUACACUAUAGGCAUCAAAACAACUUUAGCCUAAUGAAGCAGUUUACAGUCUCACUAGCCAAUUCUCUGCAAUUUAGGAGUCCUGCUCUGUAAAUUGUACUUUAAUCAGACAGAAAAGGCUCCUCCAAGGUCUGACUGGCUACUAACAAAGCAAGAGAUAAUAAAUUCUAAAUUAAACAGUAUGUGCAAUAAAGGAAGUGUAAACCUUAUAUCGCUCUUUUAUUUAUCUGAAUUAUAAUUUUUAUUAAUAUGAUUUAUUAAUUAUACAAAAUACAGAAAUCAAGAGAGCAAAAUUAAUAUGUGAGAACAAAUUAAUCUUUUUUAUCGAGGAAUUGUCACUAUGCCUCAAUAAAAGAGAGUUUUAUUGAUUUUGCUUCUCACCUACUAAUUUUGUUCUCUUGAUUUCUGUUAUUUGAAUAAUAGUGGAAAACAAUACAGAAACAACUGAGUCAUAUCAAAAGUAUAUAUGUUACCAGUACAGUAGUUUGAGUACUGAGGUAUACUACUGCAUACACAGCCUAAUUUGUUUUUAUAAUAUACAGCUCCCCAGCACCUCCAUUAAUGUGGCUCAUUCCCUCAGCCCCCAUGUUUCUCAUUAGCCCCCCAGCAGCUUCAAUCAUGUGUUUCAUUCCACAGUGUCUCCGUGUGUCGUAUACCCCCAGCCCCACACCUGUCUCUUUACCCCAGCCCCACACCUGUCUCAUUCCCCCAGCCCCACACCUGUCUCAUUCCCCCAGCCCCACACGUGUCUCGUUCCCCCAGCCCCAAACAUGUAUCACCCCCCCAGCACCUCCAUUCAUGUGUUUCAUUCCCCUAGAGUCCUAAUGUGUCUCAUUCCCCCAAGUACCUCAAUGUAUGUGUCUCAUUGUACCACAGCCUCCCCAUGUGUCUCAUUCCCCUAGCCCCCCAAUGUGUCUCAAUCCCCUAGCCCCCCCCAUGUGCCUCAUUCCCCUAGCCUCCCAUGUGUGUCAUUGCCAUAGCCUCUCCAUGUGUCUCAUUCCCUAUGCCCCCAUGUUUCUCAUUCCACUAUGCCCCCAUGUGGGGGCAUUCCCCUAUGCCCCCAUGUGUCUCAUUCACCUAGUCCCCCAUGUGUCUCAUUCCCUUAGCCUCCCAUGUGUCUCAUUCCCACAGCCUCCCCCAUGUGCCUCAUUCCCCUAGUCCCCCAUGUGUCUCACUCCCCUAGUCCCCCAUGUGUCUCACUCCCCUAGCCUCCCAUGUGUCUCAUUCCCACAGCCUCCCAUGUGUCUCAUUCCCUAGCCCCCCCCCAUGUGCCUCGCUCCCCUAGCCCCCCCAUGUGCCUCAUUCCCUAGCUCCCCAUGUGCCCACAUUCCCUAGCCCUCCCCCAUGUGCCUCAUUCCCUAGCCCCCCCAUGUGCCUCCUUCCCUAGCCCCCAUGUGCCUCAUUCCCUAGUCCCCAUGUGCCUCCCCUAGCUCUCAUGUGCCUUUCACCUAGCCCCCCCAUGUGCCUCAUUCCCCUAGCCCCCCAUGUGUGUCAUUUACAGGGAAGCUUUGCAGAAAACCUUUCUUUCCUACUGGAAGCUUUAAAAAAAGGUAUAUGAGAUGUGACAUAAGAUUUUCAAACUAUUGUAUUCCAUGUGCUUCAUUCCCCUAGCCCCCAUGUGCCUCGCUCCCCAGCCCCCCCAUGUGUUCCCCCCCCCAUGUGCCUCCCCUCCCCUAGCCCCCCAUGUGCCUCAUUCCCCCCCCAUGUGCCUCAUUCCCCCCCCAUGUGCCUCAUUCCCUAGCCCCCCAUGUGCCUCAUUCCCCCCCCCCAUGUGCUCAUUCCCCUAGCCCCCCCAUGUGCCUCAUUCCCCUAGCCUCUCCAUGUGCCUCAUUCCCAUAUGCCCCCAUGUGUCUCUUUCCCCUAGUCCCCCAUGUGUGUCAUUCCCAGUGGAAUGGAGGGCCAUGUGUCUCAUUCUCCAAUUCAGCUACAGUUCCAGCUCAAAUACCUUGCUAUUCGGUAUUUAGUAAAUAAACCUAUAGUCAGAUGAUUAAAACCAUUUUCAAAGCAGAAUUGUAAUGGUUGAUUAUUGCACAGCCAAUAUAUCUUUACACAUGGUUCUCUCUCAUAAAUAUAACUAAUAAAUGCAGUGUAAUUUUUAUGGUAACUGAGGGGGAAAAAAAUAUAAAUGCUUUGUUUCUCCUCUCUCCUAUUCAACCUAUUAGAGCCUAACAGGAAACAAGACAGUGGAAGAAGUUCUUCAGAAACUGUUCAACUCUACCAAAGACGUGCGGUCCUUGCACAUGCUUCUGGUUCGUAAUGAUUUCCGUUUAGUUCAAUGCAUCCAAAACCUCGUGCUCACACCCAAUGAUAAGCUGAAUUUUAUCUGAUUAACCAAGGAGAAGUUACAUGUCUGUUCUGGGGAGUCUUAACCAACAUCUACUAUUAAAAACUAAAAUUAAUUUUUUGUUCAAUGUUUUAGUUUAAAAAAUAGUAGAUUUUUGAGUUUAUUUCUGUUUAAUAACAACUUGCCUGGGCAUUAUAGUAAACCUCCAGUAAAUGUGUCCGUUCUGGUAGGUAUGACAUCAUGGUGGAAGUCAGAGGGUGUGCGUGGCAAGCAGGAAAUGCUCAAGUCAUACUCGCACUGCCAUAAAUGUGUUUAAUAUCACUGUGUUUUGUGCAGACCUAUAUACGGUGGAAGAGUGUCAGCUGUUGGGAUGAUGGGACAAACUGAAACUUUCUCCCCAGAUCUGGGACAGAUGUUUAUUUAAGUUUAGUAUUAUUAUUGAUGAUGACAUAAUAGGUCAGGUAUAUAUUUACAGCAGUUUUAAACCAGCCCUUUGGGGCCACAUUUUCUCCCUGUGAAUGGAAUUAGGUAAUCCCUAAACCGUGGUCUUUGAGUGCUGUCUUAAAAAUGAACAUGUUGUGCAACGAUUUAGUAAUAUCCCUGUUAUUUUAUCUGUACAGUACUAGUAAGUGUAUAAACACAGACUCAUGGCUAAAACUCUCUCUCUACCUGUCAGUCAUAAUCGGUAUGUUCAUUAGCAGCAUAGAGAUACAUUGUAUAAGUGUGGCUGCAGGCUACUCCCUGUGAUUUUGCUAGCAAAAUAUAUAACAUGGUCUUUUUUUUUUUUUUUUAUUAAACUCGCCUGAAGCUUUUUUUUGUCAUCCACAUAUUUUGUGGAUCAGAGGUGAACUUCAAAGGGACUCAGCGGUGACAGAUAUGCCAAGCAUCACUUUGUCAUCCUCAUAGCAGCUAAAAUGUGUAUUAUAGAAGAAGUUACUAAUGCUAAAAUAAUAAAAUAGCCAAUUCCUUUGUCUAGUUUCUGAACUUCCAAAGGUACAAAAAUGGGUGCACCUCCCCUGUGACUGCGUGUGUAAUCACACAAAUUAAUUUAUAGAGACACAAUCUUAAUGUAAAUAUGUCUUAUAAAAAUAAAAGUGCAUGUUUGAUUGUAAUUUCACAAAGAAAAAAUCCGAUUAAGACAUUCAGCCAACCUUAAAGAAACACUCCCAAUUACCAUCACCACUAUAGAUUAUUCUAAUACUGUCCCUGGAAUGACACUGUUUAACCAGUAAAAUAAGCUGUAGUGAUUGAGUUAUUUACUAAUGUAUUUUUGGAAUUUCUAAUCAAAGCCAUAGUAUCUGAACUGAAACCAUAGGUGAAUUACAGAAUUUUUGAGUUUGGUUAUUUUGGUCUUAAAUGUUAAAUACAUUUUGAGUUCACCAUGAAUUCUAAACAAAUCUCACUUUAGUAAAUAAUCCCGGAGGUGUGUUUCUAAAGGGUUACUCCCUCCAAAAACAGGGUUUUAAGAAAAGACCAGUCUUGCUUAGUGUAACCCUUCCUAUGUUGGUGCCUUGGAUCUUUCCCCAGCUGCCAGUGAGGGUGGGGCAUGCUGCCAUUGGAAGACGAUCACUAACAUGCUGACAUCAUACAUCCAAUUUGCACAGAAUGGAUAUUAGCCAGCCUGUAACUCUUGUUCAUCUGGGAGUAAAUGUGUUAAACUUGACAUGUCCAGCGUUUCGUAGUGAAACACUGCACAUACAGGCUCCGGCACCAUGACCACUUUAAAUCACUCAAAUUGUCAUGGUUUUACAGCUAACUGAGUAUCACUUCAGAAAUGUCAGAUGUGCAAUGGUCAGCAGUUACUGAUUUAGAGUAAGUUAGUGUAGCCAGCGCAAGGCAUCUUCUGACAUAUUUUGUGGAUCACAGUGUGUAGAAGGCCCCAAUUUUUAACAUCAUUCAGUGUUAUUCACCACUAUGCGAUUUGCUAGGACUGAAUUUCAAAUUGCUAAAUUUAGGAAAACAUAGUAGAUUAGGAGAACCAGUUCAGCGAUAGUGCUAGCUUUGAGAUUUUAGCCUCAAUUUUGUAAUUCUUUUAGUGAAUAACUCAGCAUUGUGAUUCUUAUUAUAUGCUUUGUUGAUUUAACACUUAAAGAUAGAAAAGUGCUUAAUAGCGUGUCCUCUGUGCAGUCUCACACUGGGAAUCUGAUAUGUUUUAGCUCACUUGUGUCUUACAGAAAAAAACCUAUAUCAUUAAGUUAUCAGACCGGUCCCUCUACAGGAGCUAUUCAGAAAUUCCAGGCAGAUUCCCUCUGGAGGAGAAAUACUACAGCUUCAGGCUUUAACUCUAAUCAGUAAGGCAGCGGAUACCACCGUGUGUGUCCAGCGGCAGAAGAUCUAAAUCCAAACUGUUACAGUCUGAAUUGUAACACCAGUGAUCUCUUAGUCCCAAAUAUAUAUUGUAUACAGUUUAAAAUUUGUACUGCAGACAGAUAUAUAUAUUGUAACUGUACCAUUGUAGGUAGCAAAUGCAAAUUACCUUUUUAAAAUCUCUGUUUGAACUGAGUUUUUAAUGAAUACUUUUAUUUACAGCUUCUUACCUUAUGCCGCAUAAAUGCAUCUCAUCCUCAGUUGAAUGCUGGCGACUUUCUUGAAGCGUUUAAGCUCCGGAGUAUGGAUUCCAAAGCAAAUCUUUUGCAUGGUGAGUAUCAAGUAACAUUGUCUGGAUGGUGUCUCUCUCUGUGUGUUGGUAGUUGGAGAAGCUUGAGAGGCAUAGGAUAUCAGGCAAUAGCGGUUGGGGGGACAUCUUUUAAACAGGCUGUGACUCUGCACAAUUCAUGAUAAGAUAGCAUUUUGCUUCAAUGGACACAGGACUAUCCGGCAUAUUGUAAAUACUUCAAUGUUAGGAUAUUGCAUAAAUAUGUGGCCAUAAAACCAUCCCAGGUAAGAGAUUUAAAACCACAGCUGGUUACUGUUUAUUGUGAUCUACAUGUGGAUCCCAUGGGAAAUACAUACAUAUUGCUCUCUCAUUCCAGGUCUGUCUGUCCUAGAGCUGUGCCUUAUUAUAGCCAUGAAACACUUGCAUGACAUUUAUGACGGAGAGCCAUUUAACUUUCAGAUGGUCCAUAACGGUACAAUAUAUUUAUUUUCUCAUUGUUGUUUAACUGUGUGAAUUUUACGUUCGGACUUACUAAUAACAGAAACCGGACUGUGCUAGUCAGUUCCUUGAAACCAAAAAUUACUCUGGACACCAUUGUAUACAUUGAUCGGUUCAGGUUUCCCUGCUAGUUGUGUUACGUGUAAUAUUGCUAAUGUUACAUGGUAGAAACAUUGAAUGAUCAAUGAAAUCUCUCUUGAACAGACACUAGCAAUCUGUAUGUUAGUCUUAAGAUAAUGUUAAAAAAAAUUUAGUUCACAAACCUGAGCAGUACCCAAAACCAUCACCAUUGUUGAUAAUUGCAAAGUGAUUACUAAUCUCUCCAAUAAUAAACUGCUUCUCUUGCUUUUUGUGUUCUUACAGAAUUUCAGAAGUUCGUUCAGAGAAAGGCUCAUUCUGUGUAUAAUUUUGAGACCCCUAUUGUAAUGAAGGUGAGUCCCAUGUUUUAUUAUCCAGGUUAUGCACUAACAUGUGAAUUGCCAGGGAUGGAAAGAAAGAUAAAAGUAAAUUUCACAUUUUAGGCCAGAAUCACUAGAAACUUCUCUAAAUCAGCAAUGCUUUCGGUUCAGCUAAUUCGGCUUAAAUUGUGAAAUUCACAUUGAAUUCCUGACAAUUGACCCUUUAGUUAAUAAUCCUGCAUAUUAUCCUCCGUAUUAAAAAUAGUUUUGUAUAGAGUGAACAAAUAAACUAGUCUGGCCCCAUAUGUUGUCUUACAUGUAAUCUAUGUUAUCUCUAUAUUGCUGCCAUCUCCAGCUUGUAUUUCUUUAUGCAUGCGCAUUAAAUGGACACUAUAGGCACCAAGACCACUUUUAGACUCUAAAAGCUAGAUGAGCAUCAUGGGAAAUGUAGUCCAGAAACAAUUUAUGGUGUUAAGGUUAGCCAUCACUGCACUAGAGGCCCUUUCUGUUUAUUAAACGACUUUUGGUCGACUGACGCUGGACAUCCUCACUCUCUGCGUCAGGUGACGUCAGAGCAGGCGAAGUGCUGACCCAGCGCAAAGGUCCAGCGGCACUGGAAUCGGGUAAGUACAGUAAAGGUUUAUUUAUCCUUACAGUGCAGGGGGUUUGGGGGAGCUAUAGUGUUAGAAAUGCAAGUUUGUAUUCCGAGCUCUAAAUUAUCCCUUUAAGUCGCCAAAAACAUACUUCAUACACUACAUUUCAUAAAUCUGUGUGUGUGUGUGUGUGUAUAUAUAUAUAUAUAUAUAUAUAUAUAUAUAUAUAAAGCAAAAGAAUGCAGGACAAACACAUCCUAAGAUUUAUAUAUAAUUUGUAAUGAAAUAUAAACCUUGCACUGAUAACUAUAGUAUCUGGGUGCCAGCACAGGGCUGACCAAACUGCAUCUUUCCAGUGGGCUACCUUCUCCUGGGGAUAGUUUGGCUUCUGUUUCUUUCCCCUCUAUUUUAUUUGAAUGAUGCUAGAUUAGUUGCAACCACCAGGGGGUGCAUUGCAAAGUAUUCUUUUGCUGUCCCUUAUCUGAAGGUGCACAGUAACUGAGACAGCCACAUCUAAGGACCAGUAAACAUAUUUUACACCCUUUCACAGCUUGGAGAUUGGAGGACUGCUGUCCUCCUGUGUGCCUUAAAGAACCACUAAAGGCAACAGAAGAUUUCAUCACAUUCUAGUGAACUCGGUGCUGUGUCCCUUCAAUUUUAACCCAGCAAUGUAAAAUAUUUGCAGUUUUAUAGAACCUGCGAUGUUGCCAUUGCAGGGUUAAACACACCUCUAGUGGCUGUAUUCCUGAUGGCCACUAGAGGCACUUCCCCUGUGAGAACUGAGUCUUACACGGUUGUCAAUCAAAUGCUGCUCACAGAGAAUAUUUGAUUGGCACAGCAUGAUGUUUUGCUGUUGGGGAAGCAUUGCAUUUGCUGAGGUUAUCAAACUUGAUGAUCUCAGCCACUGAUGCUGCUGCAUCAAGACCAUCACGGCGUGGGAAGUAAGGUAAAUAAAAUGCAUUUAGUAAGAUUUAAACCCUCUCUUUCAUUCUCAUUCUCAUGCCCAUGCCUACCAGUACGUCCCUGUGACCGUGCUGUAUUUGAAGGUGUGCAGGGGCUGCCUGCAUCGCUGCCACUGCAAGUAGUCUUCUCUGCAGAGAGCUUAGCUUAACUUCUGGAAUAAAAGGGAAUCAUGACAUGUCAGACAUGUCAUGUGUCCUUAAGGGGUUAAAGGGAAACUAUAGCACCAGGAAAACCAACUUUUUUUCCUGGCACCAUAACUUCCCACUUCAAAAGUUGCCUAACAUCCCGGAAGUCCCUCUAAUAGCUGUCUGGUAAAAACUGCAAUAAUUGCUUUUACGGGGUUUAGGGACCUGGGACAUUGCACCCAGACCAUUUCAAUGAUCUGAAGUCGUCUGGGUGCCUAUAGUGUCCCUUUAAGUCUAGCUAAUAACUUAGAAAUGUUUCAAACCGGUUCUAGCAUCAGAUAUAAAUUACUUUUAUAUUUUGGCUUAGACAUCUUUAUCAUUUAUACUGAGAUUUUAAAGCAUUAGAUUUCAUGUGGAUGUGAACAGUCUGUAUUGUAUCAUGGGAGUUGCAGUUCAACAGUAUCUAAAGGUCUACUUUUGCCCUACCCCUCAUUUUAUUGUAUGUUAGCCAUCUCUAGAUAUAUACAGAAUCUUCUUCAUGGGGUUUGGAAGCUAAUAGCUUCUAGUCAAUGAGUAUGUGAUUUGCUCCCUCUGCUGGAUAGUAUUGCACAUCAUUUGUGUGUAUGUGUGUGCUUUUAUUCGAUAACUUUCUGAUACAGGUAUUUGAUGAGUACAGCAUUACUUUUAUCAUUGCUGGUUAUUUACUCGUGUUUUUGCCUAAAUUCAGGCAUUUGAACAUCUUCAUCAGCUGGAGCUGAUUAAACCUAUGGAAGGCCUGUCUGUCCGCGCACAAAAGGAAUACAGACUCAUGAAGCUACUUCUAGAUAACACCCAGAUCACAGAAGCUCUCCAGAAGUACCCCAACUGCCCCACAGAUGUUAAGCAAUGGGCUGUGUCCUCAUUAAGUUGAGGGACCGUGUUAAGAGUAUUUCAAAUAGUUUUUGUAAUUAAAAAAAAAUAUAUAUGUUUUGAUAUCAAUAAACUUUAAUAUUGACAUUAUUUACAAAUGUAAUAUUUGAUUCUCCUUCCCAAUCCAAAGGGUUUAUAUAAAUAUACCUCACUCCAUUUUGUGGGCUAUUUCUGCAUGUUCACACUGGGCUGUAUUAUUAAAAUGCGAUUAAGGGCAAAGCGCUAUCUAUGUUUGAACCACCUUUGUAGAUUUUGCUAGUUUUGUGGGAGGGACUGUAAGAAACACACCAGAUUGUAGCUCUAAACUAUGAAAGAGUCCGUUUGAGUUGGUGGGAACUUGUAUUGCGUGUGCCCAACAUGCCUGCGCAUGAAAAAUGAAACUAUUAGUGUUAUUUAUUAAGGUGAAAAUUUUAAGUCAAUGUCAAAUUUUAGACCAAAGUAGCCAAACUCGAAGCACAGCUGACUUGUUGAAUUUUUCCAAUAUGGCUAUUUUAACCUUCAAUUUGAAAUUCACUUUGAAUUCUCACUUAGGUAAGUAACCCUGUAUACUUUCGUUUGAUGAAGUGGCAAGACCAAACAAAUCAAGUUACACCAUUUAGGCAUCAUUUUUGAUUGACAAAAUAAAGGCAAACUUUCAGUUCUGUGGAAUUUACGGCAUUGAAUAAACCAAUGAAAAUAAACUGUA